CUAAAUGUUCAAUCAUUACUUUGUUUUGAGUUUGUUGGGUAUCAGUUAAAUCAAGAAAUGAAUAAAAUCUGCAGAAUUUGUUUGGAGGAAGGGGUACUUUCUUCGGUGUUUACAAAGAAUUUCAAUAUAUCGUUAUGUGAUAUGAUUGAAUAUUGCUGUAAUGUGAAGAUCCGGAAAAAUGAUGGGCUGCCAGAACAAUUGUGCAGCAACUGUAUAUACAAGCUGGGAGUGGCGUACCAUUUUAAACAGACAUGCGAGAGUGCUGAUGUUCGGCUCAGGCAAUACUUGGGUCUGCAGUUAACGUCUAAGUAUAAUGAUGCAGCUAUUAUGACGGACCCUCUGCCCAUACCACAAGCUAUAAUAAAGAAAUGCAAGUGUAGACUGUCUCAGAAAAAAAGUAGCACAAACUACAAGAAGAAAGCUGAGGAGGAAAAGCUAAAGCGUGGACCGAAGCCUAAACCCAAACAAGUGCAUGCAUGUUAUGAGUGUGACAAGGAGUUCCGCUGCCAGGCACAGUUGGAGACGCAUGUCAGAACUCACACGGGCGACAAGCCCUUCAGUUGCAUGUACUGCUCCCGCCGCUUCGCGCAGAAACACAACCUGACCAUACACCUCCGGGUACACACAGGGGAGAAGCCAUUUCAAUGCGAGGUCUGCAGUAAAACAUUUUCCGCGCAGGGAAAUCUUCAGGCCCAUCUCAAAAUUCACACAGGACAAAAGGAUUAUGUUUGUUCCCUGUGUAACAAGUCGUUUAUCACAUCCAGCGAGUUAUCGCGACACAUCAACAAACACAGAGGGGUAAAGAACUACAAAUGUGACAUCUGCGGAGCUGCUUACGCGCAAAGCAGGGAUCUGAAAAUACACAAGAUGAAAAAGCACCAGAUUAGCACUCAAAAUACCACAACUCAAAAUGAUGCUUACAACAAUAGCAGCAACAUUGACAUCAUUGGCAUUGAUGUGGGUAAAGAGAGCUCCUUGCCAACCAAGGUGCACAGUGGGCAUAGACCAGCAGACAUCGAAAGUAUAGGCUUGGUCAGCUCUAAAGAGCUGCAUUCAGUUGCCGGGAAGCAUCCACCGCAGCUCAGCCAGUUGUGUCAGAGUAAAGGGUUCCAGCAGUACGGCAACAAGUUGGACCCUCACACCUGCACGGUUUGCGGUGAAGUGUUUGAUUACAUUACUGCUCUAGCACAUCAUUAUUUGCAUCGACAUAAAGACUGUGAACCAUUACCUAUAUUAAGUUAAUUGGUAUGUUUUAUUCCGAGCAAAGUUCUGUGAUAGG